AUGCUCAGCCAGCCAGUUUCUCCAGGCAACGUGCAGCCGCUAGACAUCAACAUCACUUUCCUCACCAGCGUCAGCAACAGCGGUCGAGGCAAGUUUUAUGCAGGAGCGUUUUUCCUGGCCGUGGAUGAGCUCAACCGAAUGGCAGCUGAAGCUCAUGUUCCGGCCACAUUCCGCUGGAGCUUUCGAGACACAGGCAAUAAAGAAACGGACGCACUCAAAGAAAUGGCGGAUUUGCACUGUGCUCACCAAGUAUCUGCCUUCAUCGGGCCAGAUGUUUACUGCAAAUCUGCUGGCUUGCUCGCUACGGGCUUCGGCGUUCCUUACAUAACUUUUAACUGCGAGGAGAGCCAUAAUGACACGCUCGAUUUACUGCUGGUGAACACAGAAACAUCAAUUGUGUACGUGGCCCGAUUCAUCGCCUCUUUGCUGGAGCACUACCACUGGACAUCAUUCUGGCUAAUCAGCGGCGUUAUCUACGUGUUCCUAGGGGACUACGAGUCCUUGUUAAUGUUUCUACGGGAGAUGUCUGCCCUGGGCCUCGCGGCAACUGGAGAGUAUGUCGUGCUUGCUGUUGACGAUAGUAGCCACAACAAAUCGGGAUCUAGUAUUUAUUUAA